ACAUAUAACUUCAGGAAAUGAUAUGAUAUUGUAUGGAUUUUCCAAAACCAGAGCUUAUGGACUACUCCUCACAAAAAAUCGAACAGGGCGGAUUAUCAGAUGAGAAUUUAAAGACUAGUCUAAAACUUAAACUUCAACUUAAUGGGGACUCAGAUUCCUGCAGUAACGUGACAGAUAACGAUAAUAACGAUAUUAAAGUUGAAGUGAACGGAAACUAUGAUUCCAAAGAUUCCAAAGACUCCAACUCCCCUACACCACCAUCAGAAACCAACGAAAAUGACACCAGCGAAGACGAAGAGGACAAGAAGGAAGAAGAUAAGAAGAAAAGCGGCGAAGAGAGUGACGAUUCUGACGAAAGUGACAACCCUACCUCUCGAGCAGAUCAGAAGAAACAGUACAUGAUAUUUUCAGACGACGAAGAAGAUCUGGAUAACUACGAGUGCGGACAGUCUAGCGCUGACUCAGUUGUUAAAGACAGGUGUGUGUCUGUCACAGUGCGUGUGUCGGACAAUUCCAUCACAUCCACCGACUACGAGGUAUCAGGAGAAGAGAAGUCUGACGAUGAUGACGACAACUAUUCCAGCGAGAAUAGUGAGGAAGAGGUGUACCAGAAGAAGAAGAGGAGCAGUAAGAAGAAGAACCGGUUGUGGGAGGGGAAUGAGGAGAUGUAUGGUAUUAGAAGAUCAGGCAGGGAUAGGUUAGUGAGAAAGUCUAACCAGAAGUACCAUGGUAUGGAAGAUAGUGACGAGCCUGAAGAAAGUGGAGAUGAUAGUUCAGCCUUCUUCAAACAGAAACCUAAGAGGAAAACUAACAGAAGUUACAAGAAUCUGUCAGAAUCAGAAGAGUCGGUGAACAGUGACUAUUCUCCCUCUGAAGAAAGGCGUGGUUCGAGUAAAAAGAAGAAGAAAUUUAAACGAAUAAAGAAGCUCCCACCCUCACCAAAACCCACAUUCUUCAGAGAAAUUCGGACCAGAAAGAAAGAAGUCAAUUAUCGUGACGUAGAAGAGACAGAUCCUCUCGGAAGUGAAGAUGAGGCUGAUAAAAUCUACAUAGAGGAGCCGGAACAGGAGCCCGAGGAACUGUCUGAGAAAAUUGAGAAAGUUAUGCAUCACAGAAUUGGUCCUAAGUGGCAAGUUGGAGACAUGACAGCGCCAAGUGCGGGAGGUAAAGGACUGAAAUGUCUGGAAGACGCUCCUGAAGGAAAAGAAGCAAGAUGUCCUCAAUAUUUCAUCAAAUGGGCCAGAUACUCUCACAUUCAUAACACUUGGGAGUCGGACGUUAGCUUAGAAGAGAAGGGUUGCAAAGGUCUCAAGAUAUUGGAGAACUAUCAGAAGAAACAACAAGAAGUAGCGGAAUGGAAAAAGAACAUGAGCCCAGAAGACCUUGAAUAUUACGAUGUGCACGAUGAAAUGAAGCUGAACCUUAUUAGUCAAUAUACUGAUGUGGAUAGGAUCAUAACUCAUAGUGCAACUAAAGACGAGGAGGAAAAUACUUCCAUAGACUAUUUAGUAAAGUGGAGAAGUUUACCCUACUCAGAUGCAACUUAUGAAAAGGAUUCUUAUCUAAAGGAACAUCAUGCGGAGAAGAUCAAACACUAUGAGAGGAUGAAAAACUCUGAUACUAAGCCAAACACUCAGUAUAAGUCCCUUGCUCAGAGAUGUAGGUUUGUCAAACACGAUGAACACCCAUCUUGGAUUCCUGAAGGUUUAAAACUAAGAGACUAUCAGUUAGAUGGUUUAAACUGGUUAGGUCAUUCUUGGUGCAAGAGGAACAGUGUAAUUUUAGCUGACGAAAUGGGACUUGGCAAAACAAUCCAAACAGUCUGCUUUCUGAACUAUGUCUUCUACUCUGCAAAGCAAUAUGGUCCAUUUUUAUUAGUGGUUCCACUGAGUACAAUGCCUGCUUGGGAGCGGGAAUUCGCCAAAUGGGCACCCAAUAUGAACACGAUAAUGUACAUAGGAGACAUGAAGUCACGGCAAACUAUUCAAGAGAAUGAGUGGACUAUGCCCAGUGGAAAACUGAAGUUUAACGCCAUUGUCACUUCUUACGAGAUUGUCCUCAAGGACAUAGACUUUUUCCAAAGUUACCCGUGGGCAGUCCUGGCAGUGGACGAGGCUCACCGGCUCAAGAACGACCAGAGUUCUCUGUACAAAGUUUUGAUAAACCUCAGAACGUUCCACAGAUUAUUGAUAACCGGGACCCCUCUACAGAACUCGCUCAAGGAGUUGUGGGCACUCUUACAUUUCAUUAUGCCUACGAACUAUCCCUCGUUUGAAGAAUUUGAAUCUAUACACGGUGAAAUGUCUGAGAUGAACGGUGAAUCCCUUUCCAAGAUCCACAAAGAGCUGGAACCAUAUUUAUUGCGGAGGGUUAAGAAAGACGUGGAAAAAUCGCUCCCGGGUAAAACGGAGCAGAUACUUAGAGUUGACAUGACAGUCAAACAGAAACAGUAUUACCGCUGGAUAUUGACCAGGAACUUUUCAGCUCUUUCUAAAGAAAAAGGUAGCAACCAGUCACUGAUGAACAUAAUGAUGGAGCUGAAGAAAUGCUGCAAUCACUGUGAACUGACUGUGCCACUUGAAGCUGGUCAUACCGACCUGUACAGAUUACAAUCUAUAGUGAAAGGAAGUGGAAAGCUGUGGUUACUUGACAAGUUGUUAGCCAGGUGCAAGGAGAGGGGUAACAGGGUUCUUAUUUUCUCUCAGAUGGUCAGACAGUUAGAUAUUAUCGCCGAGUACUUGGAAUUGAAGAAGUUCGGUCAUCAGCGAUUAGAUGGCGGGGUUAAAGGAGACAUGAGAGCCCAAGCACUGGACCAUUUCAACGCGGAGGGAAGUACUGACUUCUGUUUCCUACUGUCCACACGAGCAGGAGGUCUGGGAAUCAACCUGGCCACUGCCGACACUGUCAUCAUAUUUGACAGCGAUUGGAAUCCACAGAACGACCUCCAGGCCAUGGCUAGAGCUCAUAGAAUCGGACAAAAGAAACAGGUAAACAUCUACCGGCUUGUGACGAAGAACAGUGUCGAGGAGGACAUUAUUGAGCGAGCAAAGAAGAAAAUGAUUCUUGAUCAUCUUGUUAUUCAGAAAAUGGACACUAGUGGCCGAAUGGUCCUCCAUAAAAACAAUCCUAACAAAAACAUCCCCUUCAACAAAGAAGAGCUGACAGCAGUGCUGAAGUUCGGGGCAGUGGAACUGUUCAAGGACGACAGUAACACGGACCAGCACUUGGAGGGUCUGGACCUGGACACAGUGCUGAAAGAAGCAGAGACCCGAGUACAGGAGGAGGAGGCCGGGGCUGGACACGAACUUCUCUCUCAGUUCAAGGUUGCAAACUUCACCGUAACUGAAGAAGAAGCGCCAGGUCCCGGUUGGGACACCAUCAUCCCCAAAGAUCAGAUAGAAGCAAUCCAGCUAGCAGAGAAAGCGGAGAAUGAAGUUCCAUUGUACAUUCCUCCCAGACGGGGAAAGAAAGUGAACUAUACGGGUAAUGUGGUGUCCAGGAGGAAUCACUCGGAUAGCGAGGGAGAGAAACAUCAUCCUAAGAGUAAACGGAGAAAGAUGGAUCCUCCUGCUCACAAGAAACGAAGAUCACACUCGCAAGAAGAAUUUGACGAAGCAGAAGUAUUCAGCAAAUCCGAGAUCCGGAAGUUUAUCAAGAGUUUCCGGAAGUUCGGUCCGGCAGCAAAACGGUUAAAAGAAAUUGGUCGUGAUGCUGGCUUGUCUGCAUCUCUUCCUGAAUUGGACGCUUUACUCGAUAUCCUACACACAAAAAUUAGCGAAGCCGAGGCAUAUGCUACCAAUAUUGACGGUACCCAAAAGAAAAACACCACAAUCCUGCUGGGAGGAUGUUCAUUCUCAACAAACCAAAUCACCCAACGAGAAACCAUGCUGAACAAUCUGGAGUACAUACCCGAAAAACCAAAAGACAGAAUAGCAUGGAGAAUCGACAAAAAUACAAAGCCGACAGGAUGGGAUCUUGAGUGGGGACUGGAGGAGGAUAGCAUGUUACUCCUAGGUGUGUACGAGCACGGGCUUGGUAGCUGGGACAAGGUCAUCGCUGAUCCAAAACUUAACUUAGCCGAAAAGAUCUUCCCAGCAGACAGCGAGGGCAAACCAAGACCGGAGCAUCUUACAACAAGAGCCGAAUAUCUGCUGAAAAACUUGCCCAAAUUGAUGACGAAAUCUCCGACAAAAGCGCCGAAAAAGAAGGAGAGAAAAUCUAGAAAGAAGAAAAAGGAAGAACCUGAAGAGGAUAUCAGGGAAUUCUUUGAAGAGAAUAAACCAACAAAGUCGAGGAGGAAGAAGAGGACCAAGAAGGAAGACCAAGAUGAGGUUGAGGAAAUAAAACAAACUGAAGCCCCGGCUGAAUGCAGUGACGUGGUUUUUAAAAAGUGCAAAGAAAUGAUGAGACCGGUACGGAAGACUUUAAGAAUGUUGGAGAAUCCUAAAGACGACGCUGAUACCGAGGAGCAACUCAGACAAACCAAGUCUCAUCUUCUGACAAUAGGGCAACAGAUAGAGAAGACUUGCGAGGGAAAAUCAGACGAGUGGAUUAAAGAAUGGACUGAGAACCUGUGGGUGUUUGUGUCACAAUUUACGCCGAUUGGUUCGAAGCAACUAAAGAAGCUUUAUAAUAAAGCAGUUCGGCAAAGCUCCGAGAGCCAGACCAAAUCUUCCAAGAAAAGGAAAAGAUGAUGAAUGAUGAUUUGCCAUUUGGUCAGAAUAAUAUUUCUUACGCGAGAUGGUCCACCAUGUAAAUUAAAAGUGCUGCAGAUGUUUUCAAGAGCGUGUUUAAAUAUUUAUCAUUUAAAGGGAGGUAUUUGAAUUUUAUCAAAGAUGAUUUCCGGUCUAGUUUAGCUGCAUUUAUGUUCAUUCGUAUAAAAAAGCCCUUUCGGGACAAUAAACACGGCGUGAUUUCACGACCGGACCCUCCAUAGUUGCGUCACCCAUGAACUGGAGUAGGAUUCUUUUUAACGACUUUUUAUCUGCUAACGUAUUUUUACCUGAGAAAAGAUCAUGCAAGAAACGUUCAUAAUCUUUCUAUUGUUUUCUUUUUUUUCUUCACAUUCCGUUUUGUGUUUUAAGUAUGGCCCUGAAAUAUGUGAAAUAUGCUGAAAGUGUUUGAAAACUUGUCAGUUGCCAUGACGACUUCAUAUAGUACAAUUGAUCUGAAGUAUAAAUAAUUUCAUUUUAGACUCAUAAAA